ACGGGAUUCAGCCCGAUUUUCAAAGAUUCAAAAGAGGUAGAUUCUGCCCAUCUUGCACUUAUCUUUCUGUGUCGCUUGAUAUUUCUCUUGAAGAAGGAUUAUCUCAAUAUUCGCUGCCUUCACACAUCUGCAUCGCAUGAGAACUUUCAGUCAACAUCGCAUGCGCCAAAAUGGGUCACCAAAUCAACACAUGGAAUGUGGCGCACUCGCUACAGAAGCGCAGACUUCUGAUAGCCAUCAACUGCAUUGCCGGCCUUUCUAUCUUCUUCUUCGGAUAUGAUCAGGGAAUGAUGGGUGGUGUGAACAACGCCAAAGACUACAUUGAGUUGAUGGGGUUUGGACAUGUGGAGACCAUUGAUGGUUCUCCCAACACACCCGUCAUUACAGACAGUUUGCUUCAAGGUGGUAUCGUCUCGAUCUAUUACGUCGGAACUCUUAUUGGUGCUCUCGCUGGUGGAUGGGUUGGUGAGAAGAUUGGACGAAUUAAGACUAUUGCACUGGGAGCUGCGUGGGGAGUCUUUGGCGCAAGCUUGCAAUGCUCUGCGCAGAAUCAUACAUGGAUGAUAUUCGCACGCUUGAUCAAUGGAUUCGGAACAGGAAUACUCAACGCCAUCGUUCCUGUCUGGGCAACCGAAAGUGUUCCCCACACGGGCAGAGGCCAGUUCAUCGCCAUCGAGUUCACACUGAACAUCUUCGGUGUGGUAGUAGCUUAUUGGCUAGAAUUUGGUCUUUCUUUCAUCGACGACGGCGCGUCCCCAAUCCGUUGGAGAUUUCCAAUUGCCUUCCAGAUCAUCCCACUUCUCGUUCUCCUGACUGUAGUGCGGUGGUUCCCAGAAUCACCACGAUGGCUGGUCAAGGUUGGUCGGGAAGAGGAAGCUCGCUAUAUUCUGGGAAGGUUGAGGGGUGAUGAAGGGGAAGACAAAGUCAAGGCCGAGGCCGAGUUUCAAGACAUCUGCAUGGUCUCAAAGCUCGAGAAGCAGGCUGGAAACCGAACGUCAUACUGGGCAAUGUUCACGGGUCAAGGAUCUGGAGAUUUGCAUACUGGUCGUCGAGUCCAACUCGUGAUUUGGCUGCAGAUCAUGCAAGAGUGGGUUGGAAUUGCGGGUGUCACAGUUUAUGCGCCGACUAUUUUCCGAAUGGCAGGUUUCGAUACAGAGAAGUCACAGUGGAUCUCUGGUCUGAACAACAUAUUUUACAUGUUCUCUACCCUCAUUUGCGUCUUCACACUAGAUCGUAUCGGCCGUAGAUGGACCUUGUAUUGGGGAUCUGUUGGUCAAGGAAUCGCCAUGUUCCUAGCAGGUGGGAUGUCACGACUUGCUGAAAACGCCACGAACGCUGGAGAUACUGCGAAAGCAUCUCAAUACGGAGCUGCUGCCGCUUCCAUGAUUUUCAUCUUCACAUUCGUGUUCGGUGCAACUUGGUUGACAGUGCCUUGGCUCUACCCCGCUGAGAUCUUCCCACUGGAAGUAAGAGCAAAGGGUAACGCUUGGGGAGUAGUGGGAUGGAGUAUCGGUAACGGCUGGCUUACUUUGCUCUGUCCGGUAAUGUUCAACGCCAUCGACGAGAAGACCCUCUACAUUUUCGCUAUCAGCAACGUAAUCACCAUACCAAUGGUCUGGGCGCUGUACCCAGAAUCAAACCAACGGACUCUUGAAGAAAUGGACUUCUUGUUCGCUGCAAAGACCCCCUGGGUAUGGGACGCCGAGAAGAAUUUUGCGAGGUUGAAGGAGGAGCAUCCUGAACUUGCUAAUGCUGCCCACUCUGGCGAGAUGAUCCACGAUGUUGAGACUGGCAAGAUUGGGAGGAAUCAAUCGAUUGGCGCUUGGUCUGGUCAAACAGAGGAUGUUAAUGGUGCGAAAGACUGAAGUUAAGGAAGUGGUUAUCACGUGUAGCCGGCGCUUUUAUGUGCUCAUGGCAAAUAUCAAAUUUGUUUGGCAGGGUUCAUAUGCGAAAAAUUGUAUGUAAUAUAACUGGCAAAUCUGCGAUAUUAUGGUAGGAAUUAUCAAGAAUGGCACAC